AUGUGUGAGUAUGCUAAUAAAAAAAACCGUGGAGCUUUUAUAGCUGCCGUUUGCAUGCAAGGAGUUGGGAUUAUUUUUGCCGGCUUGGUUUCUAUGAUUCUUUCUAAAAUCUUCCUAAAUAACUUUCCUGCUAAAAAAUUUAGUGAAGACCCAAUUCUCUCUACACAGCCUCAAGCAGAUUUUAUUUGGCGAAUCGUUUUAAUGACCGGUGCAUUUCCAGCAGCUUUAACAUUUUAUUGGCGAAUGAGAAUGCCCGAAACUGGUCGUCACACUGCUCUUGUUCAAGGUAACGCUAAACAAGCCGCUAUGGACAUGGGACGCGUUCUUGAUAUGAAAAUUGAAGAAGAACAAGACAAGGUGAUGCAAUUUAAGGCUGCUAAUGAUUACCCAUUACUUUCUAACGAGUUUGACAAGCGACGCGGGCUUCAUUUGAUAGACAUGAGUACGUGGUUUCUCCUUGACAUAGCCUUCUACAGCCCAAAUUUAACCCAAAAAGAUAUAUUCCCUGCAAUGGGAUUAAUCAAAACUGAUAUCGAGAUUAAUGCUAUAGAAGAAGUUUACGAGACUUCGCGUGCCAUGUUUAUUGUUGCAUUGAUUGGCGCAUUUCCUGGUUAUUGGUUUAGAGUGGGCUUAAUUGAAGAUAUUGGCCGGUUUACAGUUCAGCUUCUAGCGUUCUUCAUGAUGUCUGGUUGUAUGUUAGUCAUGGGUAUCGAAUAUGAAUAUCUGAAAGAACAUAACAAGUGGCUAUUUAAACUUCUUUACGGCUUGACGUUUUUUUCCGCAAAUUUUGGUCCCAACAGCACAACGUUUGUUUUUCCUGCUGAACUAUUUCCGACAAGGAUGACAUCGACGCGUCAUGCAUUGGGUGCGGCUGCAGGGAAGGCCGGAGCAAUGAUCGGAGCUUUUGUGGUUCAAUCGUAUACUCUGGACGGAAAACCGAAAAUAAAAGUUGCGUUGGUGGCAUUGGCAUUGACAAAUAUGCUAGGGUUUUGUUGCACGUUCGUGCUUCCUGAGACCAAAGGCCGGUCUUUGGAGGAGAUAUCUAGUGAAGACGGCGGCCAAGAUGGGAGAUAAUAACAAGUCUGCUAGACGAGCUUCGGUGGCUCGACAGAGAAAUAGCGAGAGAACUUUGUGAUGAUUGA